AUGGAUAAUUCUAAUGCAUUGAAUGAAACAAGUAUACAACCAUCAUAUAAAAAAAAAGCAUUUUUUAUUGGAAUUAUUGUUUUUGUAAUUAUUCUUUCUACGCAAUUCUUUGAUUCAUCAACUCGACGGAAGUAUCGAUUAGAAAUAAAUCUGACUAAACAUCUGUUUAAAUUGAUAAAACGACCAUCGGCAAUAACAACUUCAACAACUACAUCAACAGCAACCUCAACAACUGUACCAACGACAACUUCAACAACUACAUCAAAAUCGACCAGUAUUCAAAUAACUUCAACUACUUCAAAAUCGACCAGUAUUCAAAUAACUUCAACUACUUCAAAAACGACAACAAACUUUGAUGAAGUUUUAUGUGAUAAUAUGACUAAGUCAGCAAAUAUUCAUAUCUCGGACAAUCCAUGUGAACGAAUUCGUUGUGCUGUUAUUGUACGUAAUAUUGCUGGUCGUCUUGGCAAUCGUAUGUUUAUAUUUGCUAGUGCAUAUGGUUUAGCUCGUGCUCAUAAUUGUCGUUUGCAUGUAUCAAAACGUAUUCUUGAUGAACUUUCAAUGAAUUUUCAAAUGAAACAAAUUGAUCAAAAUAUGUGGUUAUCAGAUGAAGAAGUUAAUACAUUAAAAGAUAUUACCACUCGAUAUAGUGGUUGUACAUUUAUACCUGAAUUAUUAAUACCCAAUGCAUUUAAGACACUUGAAAUUAUUGGUUAUUGGCAAUCUUAUCUAUAUUUUGAUGCUUAUCGAGAAGAAAUUCGUGAAGUUUUUAGGUCUCGAAACGAAACAUUAAGUCGGUUAGCUGAAUAUUUAACUAAAAUAACGUAUAAUAUUUGUUCAACAUGUUUACCUUUACCAAAUACAACUCAUCAAGAACUUCGUCAAGCAUUUCAAACACGUUAUAAUAUAACAUGGAUAAGUAUUCAUAUACGUCUACGUGAUUUUCGUGGACUUCGCUUUUCAUCUGAUGAUAAUUAUCUUCGUCGUGCAAUACUUAUCUUUCGUAGACGAUAUCAUCGAUCACAAGUUCGUUUUCUUGUUGCAAGUGAUGAUAAAGAAUAUUGUGAAAAAUUAUUUUAUACAGAACAACAAACUCGAAGAAUUUUUAUACUUCCUAGACAUUUUUCACCUGCUGAUGAUAUGAUGGCAUUAUCAUUAUGUCAUCAUUCAAUUGUUACGGGUGGUACAUAUGGCUUUUGGAGUGCUUAUCUUGCUGGUGGAGAAGUUAUACAUGAUAUUCGAUAUAUCACUGGAUGUUUAAGAUCGGAUUAUUUUCCACCAUGGUUUAUGUUAAUAGCACCACUUGCUUCCCCAAAAGUAUAA